UCCUUCUUCAAAACAACACAACAAGUCUCUCUCUCUCUCUCCCUCUCUAUAGGUAUUUCUUGGUUCUAAAGUUUCUCAGCUACUUAUAUAUACAGGAUCAGUAGUAGUGAUUAACAUUGAGUUCGGAGGAAAAUGACGUUGUCGAGGAAAGCUGCAUGCAACACGCACGGCCAAGAUUCUUCAUACUUCCUGGGAUGGCAGGAGUACGAGAAGAAUCCAUACGAUGAGUCCAACAAUCCCAAUGGAAUUAUUCAGAUGGGGCUUGCAGAGAAUCAGCUCUGUUUCGACCUACUGGAGUCGUGGCUGGCAGAAAACCCUGAUGUAGCCGGGUUCAGGAACGGUGGAGAGUCUAUCUUCAGAGAGCUCGCUCUCUUUCAAGAUUAUCAUGGCCUUCCAGCUUUCAAGAAUGCAAUGGUUCAGUUCAUGGCAGAAAUCCGAGGAAACAAAGUCAGCUUUGAUUCAGACAAGCUUGUACUCACCGCCGGCGCAACUUCAGCCAAUGAAACCCUGAUUUUUUGCCUGGCUGACCCCGGCGAGGCUUUUCUGCUUCCCACUCCAUACUAUCCUGGGUUUGACAGAGACUUGAAAUGGCGAACCGGGGUCGAAAUCGUGCCGAUACAGUGCACCAGCUCAAAUGGCUUCAGAAUCACUGCACCGGCUCUUGAAGCGGCUUAUCAGCUGGCCCAGAAGCGUAAUCUCAAAGUUAAAGGAGUACUAGUCACAAAUCCUUCCAACCCGCUGGGGAUAACCCUGACACGCCACGAGCUCACUCUCUUGCUUAAUUUCGUCGACGCCAAGGGCAUUCAUCUCAUCAGCGAUGAAAUCUAUUCCGGCACGGUUUUCAACUCGCCGAGCUUCGUCAGCAUCAUGGAGGUUCUUGUGGACCGGAGUCACGUGAUGAAAUCGGAGCUUCGGAACCGGGUUCACAUUGUCUACAGCCUCUCCAAAGAUUUAGGCCUUCCGGGUUUCCGCGUCGGAGCAAUAUACUCCAACGACCCAAUGGUCGUGGCCGCAGCCACGAAGAUGUCGAGUUUCGGGUUGGUUUCUUCCCAAACUCAGUACCUCCUCUCCGCCAUGCUCUCGGACAAAGAGUUUGCCAAGAAUUACAUCGUUGAGAACCGGAAAAGGCUCAAGACUCGGCACGCAAUGCUGGUUCGAGGAUUGAGGAAAACCGGAAUUCCCUGCCUGGAAAGCAAUGCCGGUUUAUUCUGCUGGGUGGACAUGAGACACCUCUUAACCUCAAACACCUUUGAAGCAGAAAUGGAUCUGUGGAAGAAGAUCGUUUACGAUGUCGGGUUGAACAUCUCGCCCGGUUCUUCUUGCCAUUGCGUGGAACCGGGGUGGUUCCGGGUCUGUUUCGCCAACAUGUCAGAAGACACUCUCGACCUCGCAAUACAAAGAAUAGCAUCCUUUGUGAAUAACACGACUUCUUCAAGUGAAAACAUCGACGGUUACUCCCGUCACUUAUCAAGCAAGAACUCGAGAAGAAAGUCGUCACUUGCAAACUGGGUUUUUCGGCUAUCGUUUCACGAUCGCGAACGUGAACGAUAGUCGCGUUGAACACCCGAAUCACGAUUAUGCUUUCUUAUUAAUUAUUAUUAUUAAUUUUAAUUUUUUGCCUCAAUAACUUGAUAUUGAGUUUGAGAUUUUUGUGUAACUCUUCUUUGUAUUAAUGUAAAGAGAGUGGCACUCUGUCCAUGUGGACGUGAAGUGAUUUGCGCUUCCUAAUUGAGUAUGUAAAGACGUGUUUAGUUGUUCAAUGAAAUCUUCUCGAAGAGUAAU